AUAUUUAUAAUGAUUUCAAUCAAGCACCUAAUGAUAUUCGUCAUGUCGAUGAUAUUUGGUUAAGUGGUCAUGCAGCAAAACGAAAUAUAACUCGUUAUGUUGUUCCAUCAUGUUGUUCUCAUAUAGGUGUUACUCGAACUCAUGCCCUCGAACAAUAUUUAGUAAAUAAUAAAAUGAAUCGAUUAUCAGCAAAUAGUCAUGCAUUAACAUGGUUUGGUGAAAAUUGGGAAAAAGAUUUAUGGUAUAGAUUCAAUGGUGCAAAUGCACCAGAAUAUCGUAGUUGGUGGAGGAUAAUUUAUCGAGAAUGGAUUAGUCUAAUAUUUAAAUUGAAAUUUAUUAUGUAUUUUGGAUUUAUAUAA